UCGACUUUCGCCGCGGACUCUUCGUUGUAGUUGAACGAGAUAUUCUCGAGUUUCUCGAGUGACUGACAUCUCAUUCGCUCGCUAUCCGUGCUCUGCUGAACAACUAUGGCUUUUAUGUUAAAACACAUGAUAGGAGGGCAGCUGAAGGAUCUUACCGGGGGUCUUGCUGAGGAAAAAGUAGAAGGAGAAAAGUCAGAAGCCGCAGCGAAGGGAAUGACACAAGAAGAGUUCGAGCAGUAUCAACAACAGUUGGCGGAGGAGAAGAUGGAGCGGGAUGCCAGCUUUGCCCAAAAGAAAGCUGAGCGAGCCACAGUCAGGAGCCACUUCAGGGACAAAUAUCGCCUUCCAAAAAGCGAGCUAGACGACACACAGAUUCAGGCCGCGGCAGAUGACGUGGAGUUGCCCACAGAGCUGGCCAAGAUGAUCGCAGAAGACAACGAGGAGGAGGAGCACAAGCAGUCUGUCCUGGGUCAGCUGACCAACAUUCAGAACGUAGAUAUUGACCAGCUAAAAGAAAAGGCCCAGUCCACCAUCGAAGACCUUAAACAGUCUGCUGAAAAGUGUGAGGUCAUGUAAUAAAGAGUUGGACUGCUGAUCGAGGAGCUGAUGUUUCCUGAUAUUUAAUAUAGGGAAUAAAUCUGAUCCAUGAACAGCAUUCCUAUAAUAAGAUCAAUCUCUGAUUCAUGAAAGACAAGCUCCCACCCAAAUCCAAGCGAUUAUAUAUAAAUUUCAAUUGUGUUUGUUGAUAUCGCAAAUAAUGUUUGCUUCACUGUAUACUUGUUACACUUUAUCAUAAUUGUGGCUAAAGGCAAUAAUUAUCAGUUAAUAACUUUCUACUUGUUCAGUGUUUAAAAUGUUCAAAUAUCCAAAUUAGCCAGAAAAUGUAUUCCAGUAUUCCAGUCUGCUAAAUGCAUAUUGCUAAUAUGUAUAAUAUGUAUUAAUAUAAUGUAUAAAAUACCAAAUUGUUUAAUUAUGCAUAAAUUACAAUUUAUGUAUUUGCUCCUUUUUAUGUACUUAAUGUAUUGGUGUAUUUAUGUGCAGUGUGUACAUAUGUUGAUGUUUUUUAUGAACACUAAAUAUAAAAAGUCAUUGUUUAUUUCUC